AUGGAGAACCUCUGGACUCUCAGGUGUUCUUGCACUUCUUUAUCGGGGAGCCCUUCCGCGCAGCCGCGGCUUCAGCAGCAGCAGCAGCGUCGGGCGCCCCAGCAACCAUUCAAAGGGCUGCAGCAGCAGCAGCAGCAACACAAGUGCCAGCACGGCAUGUUUUGCACGCAGCUCCCGGCUUUUAGGACCAAAUGUGAAGGAGCUGUUGCUUCAGCAUCAGGGCCUCUUGAUUUGCAAACAAAUGAGGCUGUAGUACGAAGCGAGCCCAGCGCUUGCUGCAGCAGCAGCUGCUGCAGCAGGAGCCAGAGCGGCCGCCUUGAAGUUUCACAGGGGGACGCGCUUCUAGGCAGCUGCAGCAGCAACAGCCGCGACAGCUUUAUUGGUGGCGGUGACGCCGGCAGGUGCAGCGACAGCAGCAGCAGCAGCAGCAGCAGCGGCCUUCCGCGCAUUGGCAGCACAGGCAGCAGCCCCAACAGCAGCACAAGCAGCUGCGCACACACAGAUAGCAGCUCCGAGCUGCUCUCCUGUGCUGCAGUGCCCCAGGUGGCUACGGGGCGUGCUGCAGCACAGUUGCUGCUGUCGGAGGCCAACGCAGCGCCCGCAGCACAGCAGCAACAGCAGCAGCAGCAGCAGGAUCGGCAGGAAGAGGAGCAGCAACAUACUGGGCAAGACCAGGACCGAGCACAGCAGAAGCAGCAGCAACGAGAGCUGAGGCAGCAGGAACCGCAAAGGGCAUUGCGACUAGCGCAUGCGCAGCAGCAGCAGCAGCAGCAGCGAGAGGACCGAAACAUCCAGCAGAAGCAGCAACCCCAUCAGCAGCAGCAGCAGCAACAGAAGGAGCGUCCUCGCUGGAUGCUGCGUCCCCCGCCAAAGCACCUUCUCAACCUCUUGGAAAGGGAGGCGUUCCGCUGCUGCUGCAGCAGCUGCUGCUCGUCAGUAGCGCAGCAGCGGCAGCAGCUUCCCUCAAGCCCCCACCUCUCUGCUGUGCUUAAGGGGGAUAAUGCUGUUGGUGGGUACGGCGCAGCAGCAGCACCUCUUUGCAGCAGCAGCAGCAGCGGUGGCAGCAGCCACAGCGAGCCCCCCGCUCCAAAGGUGGCGGCGGCAAAGUUAUGCGGCGCCGCAGCAGCAGCAGCAGCAGCUGCUGCUGCUGCUGCAGCCGCUGCAGCAGCAGCAGCCGCUGCUGCAGAUGGCUCGGAUUCUGCUGCUUUCCCGUGCAUGCUCGGGGGCAGCAGGAAAGGACUUCCGCUGCUGGAGAGCCACGGAGAAACUAGCAGCUCAAGCAGGUGCUGCAGCAGCAGCAGCGACGGAGAUGAGUGCUGCAGCGUCGCAGCGCCUCUUUGCUGCUGCAGCACGAAAGAGAAGGCUGCAGCUGGCGGGCACCACGCGGACAACGCAUUGAGGCUGAAGCCAACUGCUGCUAUUCUCGCUGCUGCUGCUGUUCCUGCUGCUGCCGCUGCUGAUGCUGCUGGUGCUGCAUCAGGUGAGGAUGACCUGCAGCAGCAGCGUACACCAAAACGGCUUUCCGCAAGCAGCUGCCUUCGGAACGUCAGCGCUCUCAACACCAGCAGCAGCAGCAACAGCAGCAGCAGCAACAGCGGUAAACGGAGAAGCAGCAGGGAGUGCAGGUGCGGCGGGGAGACAAAGAGCAGCAGCAGCUGUCUGCUUCGAGGCCUGCAGCAGGGGAGAGAGUCUGCUGUCACCGAGCAGACGCGCUGCAGCGGCUGCAGCGGCACCAGCAGCAGCUGCAGUGGCAGCAGCAGCUGCAACAGCUGCAGCAGGCACGGUCUGCAGAUGCAGCAGCACGAAUGCACUCUAGCAGAAGGAGCUGCAGCAGCAAAUGCCGGUGCUGCUCAGCCUCUCCACACUCUUAAGACAGCAGACACAGGGGCCGCAGCAGCAGCAGCAGCGCGGAGCUGCUGCUGCUGCGCCUCUUCUGAAUGCGCAGCAGGAGGUAUCGACAACUACUUAUGCUGCUCCACGCCGGCAGAGGCACCGGAAACAACUGCAGCAGCAGCAGCAGCAGCAGCAGCAGCACCAGCAGCAACGCUCAGUGACGGCCCUUCUGUGUGUGCAGGUUGCACAGCACCAGGUGGUCGCGCAGCUGCUGAUGAGGACAGCAGCAGCAGCAGCAACCCCGACAGCAGCUGCUGCUGCGCCUUUUCUGCGCGCGGCGGCUACAUUUUAAUAAAGAAGUUAAACUUCAUCUUGAGACAUGGAGCUUCUCUAUUUCGAUUGCGCAUUCGAGAAGAUGGAUUUGUUAGAGUCCGAGACCUCUUGGCGCUGCCCUGCAUGCGCUCUGUAACCUGGAAUGACCUCAAGAGUGCCGUUGAAGGAAAUUUUAAGCGGCGAUAUGAACUUGUGUACGACAAAACGGAAGUAGAGACCUGCCCAGCCCUCAUGAAGCAGCAGCAGCAGCAACAGCAGCAAGGAGAGGAGGGAGAAAUGCUGCAGCAGCUAGAGGAGCAGCAAGCUGACUCGACCCAGGAUUUGGCGGCGUUGGGGUGUUGCGACUGUGCUCACGCUGAACGCAGCCGCUGUAGCAGCGGCUGCAGCAGCAGCGGUGGCCUCACCACCCCCCCAGCAGCAGCAGCAGGAGCAGCAGGCGAGAGCCUAUGCUGCAAAAGCGGCAGCACUGUUGUCUGUGGCUCAGUUGCUUGUGCAGAUCACGGAGAUAAAGCAGCAGCAAAGAAGGUUGAACGACUCAGCGGCAAGUGGCUGCUAAGAGCCACACAGGGCCACACCAUUCCAUACAUACGCAGCGACUUGUUCAUGCGGAGAGUGGAGAACGCUGCUGAGCUGCCCAUUUGUGCCCACGGAACUUAUCUAAGAAACUGGAUGGCCAUAAGGCAUUUGGGGCUGCACAGAAUGCACAGAAACCACAUUCACUUCGCCACAGGGCUGCCGGGUGAGGCGACGGUGCUGAGCGGCAUGCGUCGGAACUCCGAAGUUGCGGUGUAUCUACACGUGGCGCGGGCAAUGGCCAAGGGGGCAGUUUUUCUUCAAUCCACAAAUGGAGUUGUUUUAACUGAAGGCAUAAAGGGGAGGCUGCCGCCGGAGCUGUUUGCGAAGGUGGUGCUGCUGCGGGAAGGCGUGGUGUUGAUGCGGGACGGCGUGGAUAUGACAGAUGAACAUACAGAACUAAUUCCCGAAGCUUUGCUGCAUGCAUCUGAAUCAGCGAUUUUCAGAGAGCAGCUGCAGCGGGACUUGGGCGUGCUGCAGCUGUCGCCGUAUGCAGCACCAACCUGCGGGCUGAUGGCCCGGCAGAGCAGCAGGGUGGACCUUGCAGCAGCAAACCAUUUGCUGCAUGCGUACCACCACCACCGCCACCACCACCACGACAAGAGCCACCAGCAGCAGCAGCAGCAGCAGCAACUGCAGCUGCUUCGCCAGCUGCAGCAGCACACUGAGGGCGACCACGAGCUGCAAUGA